CUGUCUACUUUAGAUAGCCUUCAAUUAGUUUUAAUAAAUGCAUCAAGUUUUAAUGCAGUUAGAUCUAAUUGGGAUAUGCUCUGAAUGUAACUGAAAUGCAUAUGUAUGUUUUGUGCGUUUUCUUGUGAGCCAAAAAAAUAAUCUGAAGAAAACUUCUAAGCACUGUACAGUUAGCAAAGCCAAUUGGUACCUUUCGCCCCCUUUCCCUUUUUUUGCCUCUUUUCAGAUAGCGAGCAGGAAAGCGUCUUUGAAGAAACUUCCUGUUGGAAUGCCUCACGUCAAUGCAGCUGCACUUCUGCAGAUUGGCAUGCUGCUGUCGGCACUUCCUGCACAGUAUUUCAUAUCCCAGUGGUAUGGAACAGACUCCGCUCAGCGCAUCCAAGUAACAGAAAGGCUAAUUUCCUGCUGGAGCAGUUUUACAAAAUCUUACUUGAGUCUGGAUGCAUGGGCAGACCACUUAAAGCUCUGGCUAUCAAAGACAAGAUAUUGGUACUAUGGAGAAAAGAAAAUUAAAAGUGGAGAAAAUGAAGAAACAACCCAUUCUUAUUUUGCAGAAUCAACAUACGUUCGCAGUCCAAAGCCUGAAUAUAUUCAGUUCAGCGUGGGACAGGUAAUAGUUCACAAAAGAUUGGGCUAUUCAGGAGUCAUUGUUGGAUGGGAUACAAAAGCUAAAGCUCCAGAAGAAUGGCUACAACGCAAAUAUCCUGCAGCAAAACAGGAUCUAAAAGAUACUCCUCACUAUCGAAUUCUAAUUAACAAAGCAAAUGGAUUUGGCGAAUCUACAGCUUACAUUCCUGAGCAGGAGAUAACAAUUAUUAUGGGAUUAGAGGUAGUAGUUGUUUUUCUGUUUAACUGUAACUUGUUUGUUAUCCUGUAUGUUUACAAGUUGGCUGCCUUUGACUUAGUAAAUCCUAACUAUUCAUAUAACAAAGGCAGCUGAAAAUCAGCAGAAGAAAUGGAUAAGCAAAUUAUUGCUGUACUCUCAAAUACAUAUUUUUCAGGUUAUAAAUGACCAGAAUCAGGUGCUGCCUGCUUCCAAGUAUCCAACUCUUUAGUUCUUUUGCUCGUCAGAUUUUAGCAACUUGACUUUUAUUGUGAACAGGCUGUUGCAGACGUAGACUUUGUUUCAGAAUUUCACUGACCCAUCAGACUUGGGCAAGUCAUUUAAUCUUUUUCUACUAGAUCUAGCAAAGUAUACUGGUUUUGCAAUUCCCCUUUGAAAAAACUGCAUUUCGAAGAGGUCGGGCUCAGAUGCUGCCCGGACUGAACAAUAUGUCUCUGCUUGACUGCAAAACUCUGUGGGAGCCUAAAAUUGUGUGUAUCAUGAUCUCAGUAGCUUUUGAUGUCUAGCUCACGUGAGGUGCACUUGAUUCUUAAGCUAGCUGGAAUAUGUGUAAGUCCUGAGAGGAGUCUGAUCCAGAAGACGGCCUUCAAGCAUACAUGCCGCAUACAGGCAGCAUUUUUCAAGGGAACCAGCAGUAUAGCGGAUGCUUUUUCUUUUAAACUGGAAAGUGGCAGUAUCCAUAGUCAAAAUAACAUCAAGUAAUUAAACCAUUCACCUAACAUGUGAGAGGCUUGAUCCUGCCAAAUGGAGAUUUGAAUUGGCAUCUUUUGCCUUUCAGGAGAAAGCCCCAGUCAAAUCGUGUAAGUUAGGCUGGCCUGAAGAUUCUCCAAGCUUUCUGUCAAAAGUGUGCCUCUGUUUUAGCCAUACACUGUAACAUAAAAUGUGCUAACAUGCCUGAACUCAGCAGCAGGAACAUGCUAUCUCAGAUGAGUGUCAUACAUAUUUAGAAUUUGAUUUUGACUGCUCUAACUUAUAUGCCAAAAAGCCACACACCUUUCAUUAUGUCAGUUGGUCACCUUCAGUUACCUUUAUAGUCCAUGGGGAGAAACAGAUGCCUCACCUUAAACGUUUACCUCGUGUGAAAACUAGCCUUUAAGAUGUCAGAUUGCUUUAUUCAGCAACAGGAGAGGCUUAUUCUCCACAGAGUAGCAGAGGAACUGAUGGUAUCAAGCUCAAAAAAACAGACCUUUGAAAGUUGUUUAGUUGAGUGAGAUUAAUUACAAACUUUGUUAGUCACGCCUAUACCUCAAGUUCAAAAGAAGGUCUGCAGAUUGCCCUCACUGCUCCUUUCCUACAAGUCUAAUUGGCAGUGUACUUUCCUAAAGGGUGUUGGGAUUGAAGGGAGGAGAAAAAGCUUAAACUCAUCCUCACCAUUUCCUAAUGGAGAGUUCUAAACAACUCACUCAUUAUAAGCUUUUUAGGUCGUGACACGGCAUGUAACAUGGAUUUGCCUCUGUGGAUUUGCAUCUUAAAGCUGGAUAUUGUGGUACCUAUGGCCAUCACUUGAUUUCUCUUUACUGUUCCACCAACUGCUGCUGCUCCUGCUGCCUAAUUGGACUAACUGAUCCAGCUGAAAAAGCUAGCAAACAGCUGUACCAGCAACAAAUGAGUUGAAAGUACUUCACUAAGAAAUAGUGCUGAUUUAAAUGCAUUUACCCCUGUGUAGAUCUAGCAUUUGUUAUUUCAUGAGAUAUGUUCAAGAUUUGUAGCGUAGUUCAAGAGUUUCAGAAAACCUCAUUCAUGUCAUCAGAACAAUGGCUAAGCGUAUCAAGAAUUCUGCUAAAAGUGCCUUUAAAUACAUUAUGUAUUUAACACCUAACAGGACUUUUUGAAAAGUCAACUUUAAUAACUUAAAAGAAUCAUUAAAGUAUCAAUUUGUAUAUAUUGCUAGUUCCAAUGCCUAUUGACUUUGGAAAAAUUAUUUUAUCAGGUACACCACGCUGAUAUGAAAGCCUAUUUCAGUGGCUAUGAUGGAUCGAAAUACAUUAUGCAGCCAUGGCUGAAAAAAAUCU